AUGGAUAAUAACGAAAAAGAAAUUAAGGAUGUCGAAAUAAAUAUAGACAGUGUUCGCAAUAGUGAUGAUAAUAAUAAUAAUAAUGCCUCUAGUUCAGAAUAUAUACCACCAUUAUCGCCACCAACAAUUGAGGUUUGUAGCGAACCAUCCUCACCAAUCAACGAUAGAGCGUCAAUAGAUAAUAAUUUAAAUAGCCCAAUUGAAUUAAAUUUAAAUAAUAACCCGAACAACGAAAAUAAUAAUAAUGAUAAUAAUAAUGAUAAUAAUAAUAAUGAUAAUAAUAAUAACAAUAAUAAUAAUAAUAAUAGUAGUGUUGAAAUUAAUAUUAACAACAUUCAUAACAAUAAUGAUAAUAAUAAUGAAAGUAAUAAUAUAAAUUUAAGCAAUGCAAACUCCGAACAAUUAAUAAACCAACCAUAUCCUCUAUAUCCACCAGCACCAUCAUAUUUUUAUCAAUAUAACGUCGAUGGGAAUGGCCAUAUAAUACACACCAUCGAUGAAAUUGAUACAGAUGCAACAAGUUUACCACCACCAGUAAGGUUAGAGAAAAGUCCUCAUCAAAAUAAUAGCAAUAGUAAUGUAUAUUCAUCAAAUGGGUUCUAUCCGGGCUUACAAGGUUUGGCUUCAGUUAGUGCAGGUGAAAAUGACCCAAAUGCUCAAAGUCCCUCCUCUAAUAACUAUUAUAGUUCAUAUAGCAGACACCAUGCAUCACCACCACCAAAUUCUAGAACCACAACCAACAGAGAUAAUAACAAUACUUCAAUUGCAAGAAAAAACAGGACUUGUUGUACUGGUGGUGCUCGAAAAAUUAUUCCAGGAAUUAUAGUAAUUAUCCUGUGUGCCGUUAUCCUUGAAUUAAGAGGUAAACCUAAUUAUAAAAGUAAAACAUCACAAUUGACAAUAUCUCAAAAUUUCGAUGACUGUAUAUCAGAUUUAAAUAUCAAAUACUAUUCUAAAAAUAUAAUAAUUAAAAAAGUAGAUAAAAUAGUUUACCAAGAUUCAGUAUUCAAACCUUUUAACAGUGGAACCACUUUAAUUAGAAUUUAUAUUUAUUUUCAAGAUAAACUUGAAGAAGAACAAAUAGAAGAACAAGAAAAUGAUGAAAAUCAAUAUCAUAAACCACCAAAAAUGUAUAAUUUAAACUAA